AUGCUGCUUUGGAUUCUGUUGCUGGAGACGUCUCUUUGUUUUGCUGCUGGAAACGUUACAGGGGACGUUUGCAAAGAGAAGAUCUGUGCCUGCAACGAGAUAGAAGGGGAUUUGCACGUAGACUGUGAGAAAAAGGGAUUUACCAGCCUGCAACAUUUCACCGCCCCAACUUCCCAGUUUUACCAUUUAUUCCUGCAUGGCAAUUCCCUGACUCGACUUUUCCCUAAUGAGUUUGCUAACUUUUACAAUGCAGUCAGUUUGCACAUGGAAAACAACGGUUUGCAUGAAAUUGUUCCUGGAGCUUUUCUUGGGCUGCAGCUGGUGAAACGCUUGCACAUAAACAACAACAAGAUCAAAUCGUUCAGGAAGCAGACUUUCCUGGGGCUGGACGAUCUGGAAUACCUCCAGGCAGAUUUUAAUCUAUUGCGGGAUAUUGACCCAGGAGCAUUUAGGGACUUAAAUAAGCUAGAGGUGCUGAUUUUAAAUGACAAUCUCAUCAGCACUUUGCCCCCCAAUGUGUUUCAGUAUGUGCCGAUCACCCACCUCGACCUCCGGGGAAACCGUCUUAAAACCUUGCCUUACGAGGAGGUCCUGGAGCAGAUCCCAGGCAUUGCUGAAAUCCUGCUAGAGGAUAACCCCUGGGACUGCACUUGCGAUCUGCUGUCAUUGAAGGAAUGGCUGGAAAACAUACCCAAAAACGCUUUGAUCGGCAGAGUGAUUUGUGAGGCUCCCACUAGGUUGCAGGGCAAAGAUUUAAAUGAGACCACAGAGCAAGAGCUGUGCAAAAAGAACAGAGUGGAUUCUAGCCUAGCUGCUCCCCCUGCCGAAGAAGAAACCUGCGAUCCUGGUCCCAUUCCAACCCCUUUUAAAAUACAAGGCAAAGAAGACCCUGCCACACCAGGAUCUGGUCCAAAUGGAGGUACAAAGAUUCCCGUCAACUGGCAAAUCAAGACCAGACCCACUGCUGCUGUGUCGACGGUCAGUGCCAAAAGCAAGCUCCUGGCUACCGUGUCCUGCCCACAGAUCUGCAGCUGUGAUCAGAUCCCUGGCUCUGGUUUAAAGGUUAAUUGCAAUGACAGGAAUGUGAGCAGCUUGGUGGAUUUGAAGCCCAAGCCAUCCAAUGUGCAGGAGCUGUUUCUGAGAGACAACAAAAUACACACCAUCAGGAAAUCCCACUUUCUGGAUUACCGGAAACUUAAUUUACUCGACCUGGGCAACAAUAACAUCGCCACUGUUGAAAACAACACCUUCAAGAACCUCUUUGAUCUCCGAUGGCUUUACAUGGACAGCAACUACUUAGACACCUUGUCCCGGGAGAAAUUUGCUGGGCUGCAAAAUCUGGAGUAUCUAAAUGUGGAGUUUAAUGGUAUUCAGCUGAUCAUGCCUGGCACCUUCAACGCAAUGCCCAAACUGAGAGUCCUCAUCCUCAACAACAACCUGCUGAGGUCUCUCCCAGUAGAUGUGUUUGCUGGGGUGUCUCUUUCCAAGCUGAGCAUACACAACAAUUAUUUCAUGUACCUCCCUGUGGCGGGGGUGCUGGACCAGCUCACCUCCAUCACCCAGAUUGACCUGCAUGGCAACCCGUGGGACUGUACUUGCCCAAUCGUGCCUUUCAAACAGUGGGCAGAGAUGCUGCGCCCCAAGGUGAUUAUGAGUGACCUGAGGUGUGAGUCCCCCGAAGAUUUCUUCAAAGAGGAUUUCGAGUCUCUCUCCAAUGAUGUGAUUUGCCCUCAGUUAAAAAUCUCACCCACAUUAACUUCUAACAAAAACAGCACCGGGUUGUCAGAGACAGGUACUCACUCCAACUCUUACUUGGAGACCAGCCGGGUCUCUAUUUCGGUGCUAGUGCCAGGGCUCCUGCUGGUUUUUGUGACCUCUGCUUUCACAGUGGUUGGCAUGCUGGUGUUCAUCCUGAGGAACAGAAAGCGGUCCAAGAGGAGGGACGCCAACUCCUCCGCAUCUGAAAUCAACUCCUUGCAGACAGUCUGCGACUCGUCCUACUGGCACAACGGGCCCUACAGCGCCGAUGGGGCCCACAGGGUUUACGACUGCGGCUCCCACUCGCUGUCGGACUAA